CAUCAUCAUCAUCAUCAGGGGGGCCUUAAAUUCAGCCACCAAAUUAACUUCUCCCAUUGAAAUACAAGUAUAAAUUCCUCUCUUUCUCAGCUUUCGAUCAAACCCACUUGCCCCUUUUGCUUCUGCUUCUCUGGCUGCUCUGUUUCCUCUCCUAAACCUUUUGGAGGAGCCGUUUCUCUUCAAGCUGAAGAUUUCGGUUUCAUUGUGUACAAGAAAAUGUUUGCGGAGAAUGGGGUUUUGUUUCCUCACUUUCAGAACUUCUCUCAGUUCCAACAACUUGAGGAUUUCUGCAAAACCAACCUGCCGUGUUCUUCUCCAAUGAUACCCACAAUUUGUGAAUAUGAUAUGGGUGGUGAAGGAGAUCUCUUUGAAGCCCCACAACCAUUUAUUGAAGAACCUUUCAUAGGUCUUAAUCCUGUGAUGGCAGGCAUUUCAAUGAUAUCUUGUGGUGAAGAAGUCAUCUCUCCAGAAGGACUCAAAGUUUCAGACUUUGUGUCGCUUCAAAAUGAUCAACUGUUAAAUGAGGUCUACUAUGAGUGUGAAAAGGAUCUUUUGGAAAAAGCUGCAUUAGAAACACCACUGCCUCAAGUCCUGAACAUCGAAAUUCCAGUUCUGAACCCAGAAGAAACUCAAAUUCCAGAAAACAAACCAUUUCCUGAUGUCUCAAUCCAGAAAAGUACCAGCUCGGGGUGCUUAAGCUCAAUGGAUUUGAUGCAAGGACCUACUAUCAAACCAAGUUUUCUAGAUUUUUCGGGCAUGGAUUUCAGUUCUGUUUUUGGGAUGAGGAGGGCAUUCAGUGAUGGAGAUAUUAAGACACUCAGCAAUGACAAAAUAGGCAUGAUUCAUUCUCCGCGGCCCUUGUUCAGCAAUUGUACCAGCGAGGAACGCCGCGAAAAGCUUUCCCGCUACAGGAAUAAGAAGACAAAGAGGAAUUUUGGGAGAAAAAUCAAGUAUGCUUGCAGGAAGGCUCUUGCAGACAAUCAACCUAGAAUCCGUGGAAGGUUUGCGAAGACCGAUGAAUCUGAAGUGAAGGGCAGUAGCUCAAUCUCAAUGCUUGUUCUAUGAAAAAUAAAAAAUAAAAAUAAAAAGCAAUAUUGAAUAUAGGAACGAAGCUAGUUCUGAUGAGGGUGUGGGAGAGAUUAGCAGAAGCAAUGGAAAUAAAGUUUGUGGAAAGUUCAGAUUGUAUCUUACCCAAUAAAUCCACAAACCAGAAGCCUGUAGGGUAUUUUGUCUUCUAUGAUUUGUGUUAGUAUCUUCUGUAGACUAAAAUGGUUGCCUAGAUUUGUACAUAUAUUAUCCGUUGAAUAAAAUAGGAAAUAAAAGUUCUAUUUUGUUUAUUAACUUUGUAUAAGAUGGGCGUGCCAUGCCAUGCUAUUCUAGAGCC